AUGGCAAAUCUGAAACUGUGCCCCACUCCUAUGGUUGUUGGCAAACCCAUAUCUUCAACAGAUGGAGACAAACUCAACAACCCCACGUUAUAUAGAAGCCUUCUGGGAGCUUUACAGUAUCUUUGUCAUACAUGGCCAGAUAUUUCAUUUCCAGUAAAUAAUUUGAGUCAGUUUCUUCAAGAACCAGCAACAACACAUUGGAGUGGAGCUAAGAGGAUACUAAGAUACUUGAAAGGAACAGUCCAUAAUGGUCUUCAUAUUGGCGAAAGUGGCAAUCGAAGCAUAGUAGGAUACUCCGAUGCCGACUGGGCUUGCUGUCCAGAUGAUAGAAGAUCGAUUGCAAGCUACUGUGUGUAUUUUGGAGACUCUCUAGUGUCUUGGUCAUCAAAGAAGCAAGUUGUUGUCUCAAGUUCUAGUACAGAAUUCGAGUACAGGGCUCUAGCACACGUUGCAGCCAAGAUUGCAUGGAUUGAAUCAUUGCUAAAGGAGUUAAAUUUCCCACUGCCAAGCAAAUCAGUGACAUGGUGUGAUAAUAUCAAUGCUGCUGCACUUGCUUCAAACCCAAUGCACCACGCAAGAACGAAGCAUAUCGAAUUGGAUGUCAAUUUUGUUCAAGAUAAAGUGCUGAGAAAGGAGCUUGAAGUCGUGUACAUGCCAUCAGCAGACCAAAUAAUCGAUUGUCUCACAAAGGGACUCUAA